AGCGCUUGGAAUCCCUAGUCUCCUGGGCCUAAGCCACAUUUCUCGGCUGGGGAAACGGAGGCGCAGAGAAUCGCAGGGGCUUCAUCAUUCAUUCAUGAGUUCCCAGUCUGGGAAGAACGUGAAGCAGUGAAGAUUCAGAGCAGGAUGGUAGGUGGCAGAGGAGGCCAGAGACUGUGGGAGCCCUGAGCAGGGGCCCUAACCUGCCUGGGUCAGUCGAGGAAGCCAGCCCCAAGGAGGAGGCACAAAAUUCUGCCUGCCACAGGAGCCAAUGUCCCUGCCUUGGGGCAGCUCACUAAUAGAAUAAGGGAAUCCAGCAGGGAAGGAGAGAGGACAGAAUGGAAGGGGAGGGGGGAGGAUGCUGUUCCCAGCAAAGGCAGCCAUCUUCCAGGGCCUAAGGCUGAGCCGUGGGGCAUUCUGGGAAUCAGAGUUUGGGUUAUCCAACAGGCUGUGGGGGCAGGGGUGAGGUAGGGCCAUUGGGCCUGUUGGAAAGACUCCCGUUGUGCAAGGUUACCCAGUGAGCCCACGGCAGAGCUGGGCGCUGGCCACCGAGGCCUGGAGCUCUUCAGUUUGGGAGGCUGACUUGGCCAACGGAGGAUACCUGGUACCAGCUGGGUACAGCCUCAGGCGUCCCCUGAUUUACCUAGACUCUGUGGACCCCUGAGCUUGUCGGUAAUUCGCACAAGCUGGGUGGGGAGGGACUGACACUGCAGUGUGUAAAUGCCAGGGCGUGGGAGGCCUGGGGUUCCUCUACGGGCCGGCCCCAGCCCCAGGUGUGAAGCCUGAAGGAAGCCUGGUGGUAUAGACAGUGUGAGCGAUGCCUGAGGAUCCUGAGGACACAUCUGGGUGGUCAGUGAGCUCGGUGGGUGCUGCUGGCUCAGCCUCCAUUAGGGGGCUGGAGGAAGGGCCCAGUGGGGGUGGUGGGUAAGGAGUCAGCAGGGUGAGAGCAAUUGGCCCAGGGCAGGGGCUGCGGGAGAGCCAGGGCAGCACUGAGCCAGUUCCUUCUUGCUUUUCCUGACUCACCAGGAAAUGCCAGGGACUUCUGCCUCUCCCCUUCAGCCUUCCUGUCCCAGUGACCUCAGGGGCUUUUAGCCUGAGGCCAGUGGGGUCAAUGCAGCAGAAAAGUGAGGCUAGCUGGGCCUGGAGCCCUGGGAGGGGGAGUCCGAGGUGGCUCUGAGGCCCAUGUGGCUGGAAGUGCGGGAGCAAAGGGGCACAGUGUGUCUAGGUUGGGAGAGGGGCAGAGGGGCCAUUCUUGAGCCUCCAGGCAGACAGAGGCCCCUGAGCAAGUGUCUGGAUGGGCCAGUCCCCAGGGGGCUCUGGGACCCAGCAAAGGUACCACAAGGACGCUUAGAUAUACCUCCGUGGAGUCGGGUGGGGUUGUGGAGGGGGCAGCCCUUCCUGCGUGGACUGGCCCAUCUCUGGGGCAGCAGAGCCACCCUGGGGUCAGGGUGCAGGGCUGGUGGAUACCCAUGGCCAGCAGGGCUGGAGUGCAGAGGGGGCUGGGUGUGGAAGGGGGCAGAGAGCCAGCUGCUGAAAGGAGUUGCAUUUAUCCAUGUGAGAGGGGAGGCCUUCCAGCAGGAAGAUCAGAUCUGAAAGGUGAUUCUGCCUGCAGGGUGGAGGAGAGACUGUUGGAGGUGAGGGCGAAGCAGGGAGGCCAGGGAGGAGGGUCCAAGGGAGAGAAUGAUGAUGGCUGGGCAGUGGGGCUGGGGGAGCUCGAGGCUGAUCAGUUUCAGGGGGGAGACUAUUUUGGAGCAGGAGUGAUGGGUGAGAGAGUAGAAGGAGGCAUGGUGAGCACAAGGUUUUGGCCUGAACCAGACUGAGCCGAUGAAGGACCCAUGAUCAGAGGGGGGGAAGCAGGGAUGGGAUCGGGAGAGGGGUGGAGGGAAGGCCUGCUAGACUCAGGCUGAGGAGGCGGCUCUUGCUUGAGGGAUGGUGCUGAGGCUUCCUCAUGCAGCCCCUCUCUGCCCACAGCGAUGUCAUCAACAGCCCCAAGCUGGCAGGGGAGCUGCAGGGAGUCAGGCUUGGGAGCCUCCUCCCCCCUAAGCAGAUCCGGCUGCUGGAGGCCACGUUCCUGUCCAGUGAGGUGACCAGUGUGAAGGAGCUGAUGGCCCGUGCCCUGGAGCUGGAGUCACAGCGCUGGGCCCAGGAUGUGGCCCCCCAGAGGUUGGACGGCCACUGCCACAGUGAACUGGCCAUCGACAUCAUCCAGAUCAUCUCCCAGGGCCAGGCCAAGGCCGAGAGCAUCACCCUUGAACUGGGCACGCAGAUAAAGCAUAUGCUGCUAGUGGAGCUGGCUGCGGUCCUGAGGAGCUACCAGCGUGCCUUUGAGGACUUUCUGGAGUGCUGCAGACAGCUGAGAAAUUACAGGGCCAAUGUCAUGGCCAACAUCAACAACUGCCUAUCCUUCCGGACGUACAUGGAGCAGAAGUGGCAGACUCCGCAGGACCUGCUGAGACCCCUGCUGAGCCCCCUGAAUGAACUCCAGAGCCGUGGCUUUGAUGCCUUGCUCCAGAACCUGUUUGCAGACCUGAAGCCGCUGUUCAAGAGGUUCACACAGACCCGCUGGGCGGCCCCCGUGCAGACCCUGGAGGAAAUCAUCUCUGUCGUGGGCGAAAGGCUGCCUGAGUUCUCAGAACUGCACGACUGUUUCCGGAAGGAGCUCAUGGAGGCUGUGCACCUGCACCUGGUGAAGGAGUACAUCAUCCGCCUCAGCAAGCGGCGCCUGGUCCUCAAGACGGCGGAGCAGCAGCAGCAGCUGGCGGGGCACAUCCUGGCCAACGCCCAGCUCAUCCAGCACUUCUGCACUCAGAACGGCUCCCCGGCAGCCUGGCUGCAUCACGCCCUCCCCACGCUCGCUGAGAUCAUUCGCCUGCAAGACCCCAGUGCCAUCAAGAUCGAGGUGGCCACGUAUGCCACCUGGUACCCUGACUUCAGCAAAGGCCACCUGAGCGCCAUCUUGGCCAUCAAGGGGAACCUGUCCAACAGCGAAGUCAAGGGCAUCCGGAGCAUCCUGGACAUCGACACGGGGGCACAAGCGCCCUCCAAGUCCUUGUUUUCACUUAUAAAGGUUGGGUAGCCUUUUUCUGUGGCCUGACCUGCUUGUGAGCGCCUGGAGAGCAUCAGAUGCCAUCCCGUUUGGGGACCGUUCAGACCGGCAUCAGCCUUCUGCUGCUGCUUCUGCCCAGCCCUGGCCAAGGCACAGGCCCCUGGGCAGCUGGAAGGACACAUGCCCUGGUUAGUUUACCCCUCCUGUGGGGAGCCAAGGAGGCCACACCCGAGAAACUCUCUGUAGAGGGGAGUUGAUCUGACUCGCACUGAAGGGAGGCGCUCGGAGGAAGAGUGGCCGAGGUCAGAGAUCCUGGGUCACCAGCUGUCUGCGGGGUCCUUCCACUGUCUGCCUCAGAACUGGCUUUCUCAAGCACCCCAACUGGAGCCUUCCCAGCUCCUGGGGCAGCGCCUGAGCCUCACCCCUCCUGCCUCCUUUGGUCCAGGGCUGCACUGAGCCAGGCUCAGCAAGUGUUUGGAAUCGAAGGCAGAACUGGACGAGAAAAAGGAAAAGAUGGGCUCUUAUCUGGGGCCUGGAAAGGAGCCUGAGGGGUCGGGUCACACAACCAGCUGGAGGCAGAGCCAGCGUCAGAGCCCCCUCCAGAUGGCCCCCCCACCCCCUGCAGCUCAGACCGCGACCCCUCUCUGAUUCCCCACGGGCUUCCCCUGAGGAUGGGCCCAGGAGGGCAAGGACCUCCUGAGAUUGCUUGGGUUCUGCCCUCCCCAACACGGGGACAGGCCCAGGGGUCCCCCGGAAGGCGUGCUGAGGUCUGGGCGGGGCGAGCUUGACCUCUCACCCCUUGGCCUCCGUAUUAGUUUCCUAUUAACCACUUGAACAAAUCUCCACAAACUUAGUAGCUUAAAACCAGAACUUCUCUUUCAGUUCUAAGAAGGUCAGAAGUCUGACAUGGCUCUAGUGGUUAAAGCCAAGGUGUUGGCAGGGCUGGUUCCUUCUGGAAGCUCUAGCAGGGAAUUUCCUUGGAGGCCGCCUUCCAGUAUUUCCUGGCCCGUGUCCCUCUUCCAUCUUCAAAGCCAGCCACACCAUGGCUGUUUGAAUCCUUUUCACAGCACUCCUCCUCUCCUCCCUCUUCUACUUCUAAGGACCCUUGUGAGUCCUUUUGCCACCCAGACAACCCAGGACCCUCCCCUGAUGUUAAGGUCAGCUGAUUAGCAACCUUAAUUCUGCCUGACACCUUAACUCCUCUUCACCGUGGAAACUUACAUAGUCACAGGCCCAGGGAUUAGGACGUGGGCAUCUUUGGGGUGGCGACAUUACUUUGCCCACCCCAGCCUCCAUCUGUCGCCUGCUCUAUGGGGUGGGGUGCCUUGUCCUACCCCAGGAAAAGCUGGGUUCAAUUACCCGCCUUGGCCUCUGCUUACCCCAAAGGCCCUCUUGGCAAGAGGGGCAGUUCAGACGUAGGCUUGUCAUGAGGGGGCUUGCAGCCCGCUCUCUUGGGUUUGUCCUCCUCUUUCUAGGUACCGUGGCCAGAAACUGGGCCCAUGUAAAUGAUGCACAAAGGCCUUUGUACAUUCGUAGGAGUUAGCGUGUUUGGUGUUAGUUUUCGGUAGCACUGCUUUUGUGUGUGUGUGCUCGGAACGAGACCUGAGUAUUUAUAGCUUGAUAUAAAGCUGGUUUCACAAGUG